AUGACCAGCGUGAAAGAAAUUAAUGAGAAAGACCCAGGUAAGGACGAGUAUAGCGUCGACGAGAGGGCAGAACAUGAAGUCGCGGAGACUCAUCUCAACGCAAAUCACGAUAAUGCUUCUAUCGUCUCGAAAGAAGAGUUUGAAGAUGAAGGUAUCUACGAUUUUGACGAUUCGAACAAUUACUCAACCACUUUUGUCGAUGAUCAUAAUCCUAUGGGGUUAAGAAAGCCUACUAAACAGGAAGCUUCUUCGUUGAGAAGAGUUUUGGGAAGGGCUGAUUGGGCCUGUUAUAUGAUUUGCGUGGCCGAAUUUGCUGAAAGAGCCUCGUACUAUUCGUGUCAGACUCUCUUAAGUAAUUUUGUUACCAACCCAUUGCCUGAGGGAAGCGGAACUGGUAAGCUUAUGCCUGGUAGUGUUAAUCCUGGUGCCUUAGGGUUGGGUGUGCCUACCGCUACCGCCAUUACUUAUACUUUGACUUUCGUUGCCUACCUUGUUCCGUUAUAUGCUGGUUAUGUUGCUGAUUCGCAAAUUGGUAAAUUUAGAGCCAUCUGGAUUGGUGUUAUUUGUGGUUUUUUUGCUCAUAUUUUACUUGUCAUAGCUGCUAUCCCUGCUGUUAUUGAGGGAGGCAAUGCUAUUGUUCCUACUGCGUUCGGUAUCAUUACGUUGGCGUUUGGUACUGGUUUUAUCAAACCUAAUUUAUUACCACUCUUGUUGGAUCAAUACCCCGAGGAGUCGGAUGUGGUUAAAUUGUUGCCAUCAGGAGAAAAGGUUAUUGUUGACCGUCAAAAGUCAUUGGAAAGAAUGGUCUUAGUAUUCUAUUGGUCCGUAAACCUUGGUGCACUUUUCCCUAUUCCAAGUGUUUACAUCGAACAAAGAAUUGGAUUUUGGUUUGCUUUCUUCAUUCCAAUCAUUAUAUAUCUCAUUAUUCCAGCAGUGUUUUGGUUCGUCCGUCCAAGACUUAAGAAAGAAAAGCUUCAAAGCUCUGUUAUGGUCAACACUAACAAAAUCUUGAAGGUUCUGUUUAGAGGAAACUGGAUAAAAAGAAUCAGAAACAAUACCUUUUGGGAUUAUGCAGCUCCUACCAACAUGAAUGCAAGAGGCGAGGAAUACUAUUCUGCAAAGAAAAAGAAGCCAAUUACUUGGACUGACCAAUGGGUGUUGGAUGUCAAGCAAAUUGUUAAUAUUUCCAAAGUUUUCCUUUACUUCGUGAUCUUCAACCUUUGUGAUGCUGGUGGUACCGGAGCAACUCCAGCUUUAACUGCACAGUCGGGAUCUUUGACUAGUGAUGGAACGCCUAAUGAUAUCUACAGUAGUUUCAAUCCAAUCACUAUCAUUUUCCUUAUCCCAAUAUUGGAUUACGGUAUUUAUCCUUUAUUGCGUAGAUGGAAGAUAGACUUUAGACCGGUCUUGAGAAUCACCUUUGGUUUCUUAUUGGCAGCUUUGUCUCAGGUAGCAGCUGCAGUAAUCCAAAAAGAAAUUUAUAACCAGAUUGAAUGUGGAGACCAUGCUACAGAAUGUGUAGAGAAAGGAAUAGUAGCACCAUUUAGUGCCUGGGUCCUGGUGAUGCCAUACAUCUUAUCUGCUGCUUCUGAAUGUUUUGCUAAUACUUCUGGUUAUGAAUUGGGUUAUACUAGAGCUCCACCUCAUUUGAAAGGGUUUGUUCAGGCUUUGUUCUUACUUGCGACUGCUUUAGCUGCUGCUAUUGGUGAUGCUAUCAGUCCAGCAUUGAAAGAUCCAAACUUGGUUUGGUAUUUUGCAGCUUUGGCAAUUGUCGGUGGUGUAUUUACUGUUUUAUUCUAUGUUCAUUUUAGAAACUUGCACAAGAUUAUGGGACAAGAAAGCAAGUUGAGAGCCAUUAUGAUGCGUCAAGAAAAUGAAAAAGAAGUGCUGGAAGUCAACAAUUUGGCCCUGAUUACUUCGGUCCCGUCAGUUGCUGUUAAACAAAUAUAA